GCUGUAUAAAAGAGGCAGCAGCGAGCCGUGGGAACACAGAGCAGCGUUUACUCAGCCGACAGGACCACUCUCACGGGAACGACCGGCGUGACUUCAGCUUACCACAGUCUGCGUAGAUGGAGACCAUGAAGAGUGCAAGGAAAAAUGUCACUGCAGGGGACAUGGGCAGGGAUUUAUCAGAGCAGCUGAAAGCCGUCACUCAGCACAGUCACGUCCGCGCUGAAAACACCCAGCUGAUGCUGAGUUACCAGAAGGGACAGAUCACCCUGCCGCAGUACAAGGCCCUGUUGUGUUCCCUCUACAUGAUCUACAAAGCGCUAGAAGAGGAGAUGGACAGGAAUUCCUCCCAUCCAGCUGUUGCACCGAUAUACUUCCCGCAGGAACUCGCCCGUCUGGAAACGUUAGAAAAAGAUCUGGAGCAUUUCUUCGGCUCGGACUGGAGGAAGAAGGUCGUUGUUCCCGCAGCCACACUCCGAUACGAACAGAGACUACGAAAGAUUGGCGAGGAGAGCCCAGAGCUGCUGUUGCCCCACGCCUACACUCGCUACCUUGGCGACCUAUCAGGCGGCCAAGUGCUGGGGAAGAUUACCCAGAAGUCUCUGGGGCUGAGCACCACCGACGGACUUUCGUUCUUCUCGUUCCCCGGAGUGAGCAGCCCCCACCGCUUCAAGCAGCUGUACAGGAGCCGCAUGAACAGCGUGGAGCUGACGGCGGACGAGAGGGCGGCGCUGCUGGAGGAGGGCGUCGCCGCCUUCGAGUUCAACAUCCAGGUUUUUGAUGACUUGCAGAAAAUGUUGAGCGUCUCCACAGAAACAGCGGACCAAUCAGAGGGCAACGUGGUCAAAACUGGCUUGUUUCCUUCAACACCCAUCAUGCAGUUCACCGUGGGAUUAUGUGUGGCACUGACCACGAUUGGAAUGGGCAUCUACACCUUUUAGACUUUACUUUAGUCAUUUUUAUGCACAUAUAGCUCUCUCUCUCUCUCUCUUUAUCUGGUUUGGUUUCUCUUUUCUUCUUUCACAACAUGCCGUCGAUUGUUCGACAUCAAAUCAAAAAUCAACGCUGACGUUUGUGUCUCGUCUAUGAACUAUCAAAUCACAGCUGGAACGUGAUUCUCCUCUUGUCAUUUUUAUGAACUUCAUUGAAACAAUCUGUAAACACACAACAAAAACUUGACUUUUGUGUUGAAUAAAAAGAUCUGAAAACAA